GUUUAAUUAUGGUUUUUGCUGUGGCUUUUGUAAUUUGUGUAUCAAAUGCUUAACAACAUUUAUUACACUCCGUUAGCAGUUUGAAAGCCAAUGUUUCAUACGGAGCACUGAAAUUUCUUUAAACAUCAGCGUUGCAUUUAAAUUUCAUUUGACCAAACCAAAACACUAGACUCUAUUCAAUUGGAGCCAACGCAUAAAGAUACCAACAAAAGGGAAUCCAGAAGAAUUGAACUUGUCGUCUGUCAUCGUUGUCAUCGUCGGGUGUGUGUAAACGCGGUCUGCGUCCAUCGCCUUUUUUUCAGCACAAGAUAUUCUCUAGCAAAAAUUCAAUGCUCGCAUUUUUCACCAAUUAAAUUAGUAAUUUUAUUCGUUAAACGUGUAUUUUGUGUAAUAUAAAUUGUGUAUAUGUAAACAAAAAUAGUGCUAGAAUUGAUGUAAUUACAAGAGACGCACAGACAUAGCAAAAAGUGGUAAUGUGAAGUACAUAUGUACAUACAUAAAUGUAGGAAAGGAAAAGCGUCUCUUAACUCUAAUCAAACAGAAAAAAGCCAAAUUUUUAAUAAAAAAAAAAUCUCAAUUAUAUUUAUUAGAAAAAACAACGAAGUCUGAAUUAAAAAAGUUAUAAACUCAAAUAAAUUACACGUAAAUGAGCGCACUUAAUAUAAGAAUAAUCUAGAUGAAGUCAUUGUGAAUUGCCAAUAAACAUUAAUAAUUGUGAAUUUUAUUUUAAGCACAAAUUAAUUAAAAAAAACAACAAUCGCUUUUAGUUGGGGAAAAAUAUAAAUAGAAAUAAAUCGCCAUACAGGGAUAGCAACAACAAGUAAAACAGCAUAUUUCAUAACGCUAAUAAAUAAAUAAAUACGAAUAAAAAAUAAGCAAAAACAAACAAAAACAAAAAAAAUGGAAGCAAUUGCCAAACACGACUUCGCAGCAACUGCCGAUGACGAAUUGAGUUUUCGCAAAAGCCAAAUUUUAAAGAUUUUAAAUAUGGAAGAUGAUUCCAAUUGGUAUCGUGCCGAAUUAGACAGUAAAGAGGGUCUUAUACCCAGUAAUUAUAUAGAAAUGAAAAAUCAUGACUGGUACUAUGGUCGCAUCACACGUGCCGAUGCUGAAAAAUUACUCUCAAAUAAACAUGAAGGUGCAUUUUUAAUUCGCAUUAGCGAAUCGAGUCCUGGGGAUUUCUCAUUAUCAGUCAAAUGCCCCGAUGGUGUGCAACAUUUUAAAGUUUUACGCGACGCACAGGGUAAAUUCUUCCUUUGGGUAGUUAAAUUUAACUCACUGAACGAACUUGUUGAAUAUCAUCGAACCGCAAGCGUAUCAAGAUCACAAGAUGUUAAAUUAAGAGAUAUGGUACACGAAGAGAUGCUCGUACAAGCAUUAUAUGAUUUUGUGCCACAAGAAUCUGGUGAAUUGGACUUUAGACGCGGCGAUGUCAUCACCGUUACAGAUCGUUCCGAUGAGAAUUGGUGGAAUGGUGAGAUUGGCAAUCGGAAAGGCAUCUUCCCAGCAACCUAUGUAACGCCAUAUCACACAUAAUAGAAUAGAAACUCAUAAUAAAUAAUAAUUAUAAUAAUAAAAAAAAAUAUAUUAAAAGCAAAAACAAGGAAAAUCAAGAAAAGAAGAAAUUACCAUUAAAAAAAAAACAAAAAGCAAAUAGUAAAAACAGCAGCAAAAAAAAAACAACAACCAAACACUGCACAUACAUACACACACAAAGGAAGAAAAAGGGUGAUCAAAAAAAAAAAAACAAUAAACGAACACACAAAACAAUGCGGGAAAAAACGAACCACCAACAACAACAAAGUUUUAGGCGAAAAACGAAGACACACUUUCCACCAAGCGAACCUAUUUCCAUAGAAAUUAUCACUAGCACUGCGACCAACAACAAGCGUGGAACUAGAAUAACAACAACAGAAACAACCACAUGUGACAUUUUCAAUAAAUCCUCAGAAUGUGUAUAUUUAGCGUAUUUAGUAUAUAUAUAUGUAAUAUGUAAUAAUUUGCAGAAUAAUAGCAAGGAGAUAUAUAUACAUAUGUAUAAUUUUGGUCAAUUCUUUUUUUUUUCUUGUGGGCGAGUGAGUGAGUUCUGAGUCACUCAGCGCAAAUAAUUAUUAGUUCUUUUUUUAUUUUUUAUUUUACACUAUCAACUCAGCCAAUCAAUUUAUGCUAUAUACAUUUACAUAUUUAUUUAUAGUACUAAAUACAUGCAUACAAUCAUAUAUACACAGCAUCUUUUAUUACAAAUACAGUAAAAACAUAAUUUUUUUACACAAACGCAUUUUAUGGUCAAUUUAGCGUUUCUAAAAAGUAAGAAAAAGAAAAUUGAAAUAAUAUUUAAAUUUAAAAUAGCAUUGUGUUGUAUUUGCUGAGACAGUUGCUGGUUCGUUUGUGAAAAUAUUGGUGCAUUUGCUAGAUUUUUUUUAUAGAUUUUGUAUGUAUGCUUCGCGUGCAAGUCGAUUUUUUAUAUGAUUGACAACAAAUAUGAGUAUGUAUAACUUGGCUUGUUUUUACCUAUGCCAUAAAAUAAAAUAAAAUUAAAAAAAAAA